AUGUUAGAAACGGGGAAAACAGAAGUAAAAAGGAGUAUGGAAGAACAAAAGAAGAAAAAGGUUUUUACCAAUAGUUUGAUAGUUCAUCCUAUGAUAUACAUUAGUGUAUAG